CUGGUCCAGCUGCGGUCUACAGAUUUCAUUCGCACCAAGCCAAGGAGAGCGAUAUAAACAAAUAUAAAAAUUGAGUUUGUCAACAGUAACUAAAAAAGAUAACAAAUGGCUGGUGAAGUUAUAGUUGAUGCUCUGCCUUAUAUAGACCAUGGCUAUGACGACGUGGGCGUACGAGAAUCUGCACUUGCAAUGGUGGAGGAAGAAUGCCGGCGCUACCGCCCCACAAAAAACUAUCUUGACCACUUGCCUCCACUCAACAGCACAGCGUUCGAGACUCCACUAAUGACUAACGAGUUUGAACGUAUACAGAACCGUCAGCCCAUGGAAACGCUUUCCAUGAAACGCUACGAACUGCCACCUCCGCCUUCGGGUAAACUAUCGGAAGUAUCUGCUUGGCAGGAAUCUAUAGAAAACUCCAUGGCACAGCUGGAACACCAAUGGGUGCGCUCUCUCAAUCUCGAACUGAUGCUUGAUUACGGCCCAGAAGCAUGGAAAUCCUAUCUAGAAGUGUUUACCGCCAUGCAAGCCAAAGCGCAACUGCAGCUGCAGCAAUUGCGAAAGGACAUGCAGGAUAUUAACUGGCAACGCAAACAGGCGCAAACCCAAGCAGGCGAGAGAUUGCGUUCCUUGGAAGCCCACUGGGUGCUGCUUGUAUCCAAAAAUUAUGAAAUCGAAACGGAGUGUGUAGAACUGGAAAAGGUGGUUCAUGCUGCCCGCGAGGAGCUUCAAAAACUAAGCGCACAAACUGCCCAAAGUCCGCAAAACGAGAACCAGGACCCCAUACCGGAGCAAACGAACGGUCACAGCAGAGAGACGGAAAGCAACGGAAACGUCAGCGGAGAGGAGCCCGACGAGUCCUCAAAUGAGUCUCAGUAGUGUUCCAAUAGUUUUAUUUGUACAAUCUUUAAAUACAUAUUGAGUUUAUAUAUAACAA